ACCCUCUUGGGCACGGUUCACUUCUUCACAGGUUGCCACUGGACUAAUUCUUCCACAGUUUGUACAAAGGUUCUUGGAUUGACAUUCACUGGAUCUUUCUUUUCUCCCAUAGACCACAAACCCCCUUCCUCCUUCCCACCAGCCCUAGAUCUUCCCUCUAAACCCCCUCCCCCACCUUUACCCCACUGCCCACCUCCACCACCUCCUCUGCCCAAGGACCUCCCCACCUCUAGCUCCCUGGUUUCCAGCGAAGGCUACCAGAAGCUCCAGUCCAUGAUGAAGACAGAGGGCUCCUGUUACACUACUGUACCUCAGGCCUGUGCCCCACAGCUGGGCUACCACCACUACCCCCCAGGCACCACGUCCUACCACACUCCCCCACUCUCAGCCUAUAGUUACCUGCUGGCACCUCCGCCCCCUUCAGUUAUGGGGAUGCCUCCUAGUUUGAGUAGUGGGUACCCACCACCAGCAACUGCUGGACACAAUCAGCUACCCCCUCCGCUGCCACCUGGGAUGCACCCAGUCAGCGGGCUGAGUCGGGGUACGUGGAUGAGAUGAGUACCACGAAGACGGCAACGGGUUCUGAUGAGUUCUGAUGGAAUGUUUUAAAAUUGAUAUGAUUGAUAUGAAAUCAACACAGUAGGCAACUUUGAUGGUCUGAACAUUUUCACCUUUUCAGUAUUCUCAGUUCUUCAAAAAGUCUUCAUUACAUGAUAUGGAGGAUAUGGAGCAGAUUCAUGCCAAUAUUCUAAAACUGUAUCUUGACACUAAGACUUCAUGUUGGUUUUACUUGACUUGGCAGGAGACACACUGAGGAUUGUAACAUGAAUGUCUUCCUCUUCUUUUUUUGCACAACACAUUAUGUGAUAUUUUAAAGUAAACAGCAUUCAUAUCUGUUUUAACUCCUGCUCAGAUAAUCUGUGAUUGCCUCAUGUCCUGUUUAAAUAUUGAUAUGAACACUAUGUUGUUAUUUUGCCAUGUGGGAGCAGUAAUCCUCUCAUUUUUCAGGUUGGAUAUUGUUCUGAGUAUGACAUUUUUGGUGUUUAAUAGCCCAUAUCUGAGGAUGAGUUUCAAACUGUUAUCUUGUAGCCUAUUAAAGAGAGCACUGUAAAAGGCAGCUUUUAUCACCAGUU